CUGCAGGAGGGGGCACGCAUUCUCCUUGGGCGUGCAGGGCUGCCUGAUCCGUUUUGGGUGUCUGCAUUGAGGCAGGUCGCCCUUGUGAAGAAUAGGGUGCUGGCUACAGUUGGGGAUAAGGAGUGGAUCCCAUAUACCAAGUGGUAUGGGAGUGCUCCAGCUGUGAACAUGCUGAGGGCAUUUGGGUGCAUGGUGGUGUUUCAUGUGCCCAAGGAGAAAAGGGAGAAGUUGGAGGCUUCUGGAAGAUGGGGUGUGCACUUGGGCAUUGCAAAGGAUCACAAGGGGUGGCUGCUAUGGGACUUGACCACCCAGAAGCUGACAGUGUCAAGGGAUGUGAAGUUUCUUGAGUCCCUGUACUACAAGGAAUGGAAGCAGCAGCAACAGAAGCUUCCAUCUACACCGCAAAUUAUGAGAUCGCUCACUGUUACUGGGCACCAAUCCCUGAGCCCAAGACUCGAGAAGAGGCCUUGAAUGGACCAAAUGGGGAGAAGUGGAAGGCGAGCGAGGAUGAGGAGUUCGGGUCCCUGAUUGAGAACGAGACAUGGGACCUGUGUG